GCUGCAGGCUGCUGUAAGAAACUGUUGGCUAGGACGAAUGCGACAAUACUGCAGGUGUUAACAUACAUAUAUAUAUAUAUAUAUAUAUAUAAUAAUCAUUGGAAAAAUGUCAGAGCAGGAGGGUGAAACAACCAUUCCACUAGGAGCAGUGGAGAACCAAGAAGAACCGGCAUCAACGGAGAACCUGGCUGAAGCAAGCAACGAGGAGCAAAAGGAUCACGAAGCACCGCCAGGAUCAGAGGACCAAGGAGAACCAGGGUACGAGGACCAGACGUCGGCGGGAGUAAGCACCUCCGAGGACCACGGGGAACCAGGGAGCGAGGAGGAGACCCUACUGGGAGUCGACAACGCAGAGGAGAACCAACGGGAACCGGGGAAUGAAGAUGAAACCUCACAGAGAACAAACAACUCGGAGGACCGAGCGGAACCAGCAAAUGAGGACGAACACGACGACGCGACCUUACCAGGAGGAAGCACCCCCGAGGACCGAGCGGAAUCGGCGAAUGAGGAUGAAACCUUACCAGAAGUCAACACCCCGGUGGACCAAGGGGAACCAGGGACCGGAGAGGAUCGGGACCAUCGGGACCAUCGGGACGAGGCCUCAGAGGGACAAGCGGGAGUCGAGGACGAGCGAGCUCGCCGCCCUCCGGCAGGGCACGAGGCUUCGGACCAGCAGAACCUCUCGGAACUCGACGCCGGCGCGGCGAUGAUGUCAUCCGACCCCGACUCGCACCGGCUGCUCACGCAUCCCGACUCAGAGCGCGAAGACGGCCAGAACGUCAUCAACGUCAGCUUGCUGACAGACGAUGGCGCCCCGGGGGAGAGCGAGCACCCCCGCCCGCGGAAGCCCUUCCUGGGCGGCUACAGGCACAAGCUGACGGGCGCCGAGUACCACCACGCCGCCGCCCAGACCCCGCGCAGGGCGAGACCCGGCCGAGGGGUGGAUAUAGUCAGCCGAGACACGCAGACCGCGGAGCAGGUGCUUCAGACCCAGCAGUGCGCCUCCAGCGUCACCACGCAAAUGACCAGCGUGGGGUGCUACAUCUCCAACCUCAAGGACAAACUGCUGAGCCCGGGACGCUACGUGACCGCGGACGAGUAUCACCACGCCAGGCUCGAUGCUGUGAUCCGCCUGCAGGCCCACACCCGUCGCUGGCUGAGCUGCCGGGCGGUGGAACGGCUGAGGCGGGAGCGCGACCGUCGCCUGGCCUGGAUGGAUCUCCAGGAGCGCAGGAGGCACGAGGAGAGGGCGGAGCAGCAGCGGGACAGCCACCAGCGCUGGACGCGACCGCGCAAGAAGGAUGACCUCGACCUGCUCUACAACGCCCUGGAGAAGUGGAAGAGCGACAAGGAGCGUCAGAUCAACGCGACGCUGCGAGGCGCCGAGAGGAAAGCGGCGCUGCGCUCGCUGCUGGAGCAGGAGACGCAGUACGUCGCCACCAUCGGACGCCACGGCGUCGCCAUCAGGAGCGACAACUACAACAAGGCCGUCAGGAGGUUCCUGGACAAGUCGUCCACGCCUCACCAGUGGCGGGCGGCGGACGGCCGCCUGAUCGAGAUGGACACGCCCGACACCAUCCGGGCCAGACAGCUGGGAGAUCUCUACGACUGCGUUGCCAUGGCGCCCGUCAGCCGGGAGCAGAGGAUGGACAUCCUGCUGUGCCUCGUGCAAAUUAUGGCGGCGCACCCGUGCCAGCUGACUCGGGACAUCGUGGAGCUGGUCUACAGGGAGAUGGACCUGAUGAGACGCCACGUGAAGGCGGCCAACCUGGAAGGUCUGAGGAAGAGGCUGUCCACCCUCUUCCUGCAGUUCAUCCGCACGCCGGGAUUCAACCCUGAGGUGGCCAAGCACCUCAAGGUGCCCCAGAGCACUUCGCAGCUGAGGAACGACGUGUUCCUCUGCCACGGCUGCCAACGCUACCUGGGCUCGGCCCACUUCCGCUCGUGCGCCCGCUCCCACCUGGGCCGGCGCUGCCUGGACUGCGGCCGGCUGAAGAACGUCGCCGGCGGCCGAGACGACUUCUCCUGCUACAAGACCAUCCUGAAGAGGCUGAGGGACGGCGAGCUGCUGCUCAACAAGGACAACGCCAUUCCCUUCAUGCUGCAGGUGGAGGACAUCCAGUACCUGGUGGAGGUGGUCUGGGGGGCCCGCUCGGCCCUCAGCGGCUCCAGCGACCUGUUCGGACUGGUCCUGGUCCGCUGGGAGCGCCACGAGGACUGGAGCCCCUGGAACUGCGUCCUGCUCAGCAAGGACGAGACGGACGCUCACCUCCAGGUGGAGGACGUGCGCAAGGUGUACGACCUUCCCGUGAUCCGCAGCAUCGAACACAAACACAUGCUGGCCCGCCGCCACUACAACCAGAUCCCCGCCAUGAUCGCCGUCGCCAAGCGGGGGCCACGCGGCAAGUGAACGCACGCCGCUUUUGCCGGGAGACGCGUCUCAAUACUUUGGACCCUUUUGCUCUGCUUUGCAGCUGUUCCGCCAGCCGGGGGCGCCACGUGUCAUUUGACGAAAUAGUGGGUGGGUGGGGGUUCAACUUUCAUACAAGGGCGGCGAUUUUUCGACAACUACUGACAUUUUUACAAGUGGACUUUUUUACCUUUUUUUUUUUUUUUUGGCAUAAUACGGUGAUAAAUGGACUUACUGUAUUUGUGACCCGUUGUGCCUUUGAGGGGCGCGGCCUCGUGCAAGUGCCUUUCAGUUGUAGCCUAGCAUCGCUCCUUGCGAGGGCCGCCAUCUCGUGUGUGUCCGUCCCUUUGAGCGUGAGGGCAUUCCACGCUCCUUUUCUCCCGGAACUCAAAGCAAAACUUUGGGCCGAUCGCGAUGAUUGCAAUAUGAAAUGCUGAGAGUUUCGUCUCCUGCCACAGUUGGCUUCCAUCAAAGGAAAGUGUGAGUCAGCACAUUUCCAAGGCAAAUGUGAAACACAUCUUGUUCCAUUGGCACCGUUUGUGAAAAGGGCUUGGAAAAAAGAAAAGUGCCAUCUGGAAAGCGCGAGAUGAAAACCACACCAUCAAUAAUCCACAUGGUGGUGGGCAAAAUGUGUGUGAAAAGCUCCUGCCGCUUUGAGCCAUCCCCUUUUCUAAUGACCUUUUUUUGUUCGCUCUUCUAUUUCAUUCUGAUCUUUUUUUUUUUUUUUUUUUUUUUUUUUUUGUUGACAUCCCGCGCCAGUUUCACAUUUUCCAGCGCGUGUGCUCACGAACGUACUUCAGCCCUUCCAGCCUAAACAGCAUUUCACACUGUCGACUGCGUGCCGGGAAACCCGUCGGGCAUUCGGCGCGGGUGGUCCCUCGGCCGGUAGACAAAAGCGCGCAGGAGCUAUCGUACAAUGGGAGGAAAAAGUAGAUGAAGCCCUUGAAAUGAGACAAAGUUAUUGCAGAAAUUGUUCAGGAAAUGGAGUCCGAUCAGCUAAAGUGACGACAAAGUUGAAACCCGAAACAGUGUGGAAGAGAAAUGGCAUUCAAACCCGGUCCCGACUGUGAAGCACGGCGGAGGGAGCGGCGGGCAUAGGGCGCGCUUUGCCGUCUCGGGGCUUGGACGAGCUCCCGAUCAGCCGCAGAUCAUCGGGAUAUUUUGCAGAAUGACUCGGGGCCGUCCGUCCAACAGGUGAGGCGCCAAAUAGGACAAAGAAAAUUGGUGCUCAGGAGCGGUCCCGUCAAAGUUCUGACCUCUGGCCUCAAGGAAGCUCUCCAAAGCAGAAAAUCCCGCAAGAAUCUCGCCGGUUCACUUGAAUUGUGAGGAGUUGUUUGGGUCUAUUAAAAAUAAUUGUGCUUUUGCACAGACAGAGGAAGCAAAUUUCCGUCCUCAUCCCGCCACAAAACAUAGCUCAGCGUGAACUCCCGGUGGCUUCAUUCCACUCUUUUGUGGUCGAGAGCUGUGGGUUUUUUGUGGGCCUGCAGGCGGUCAACGGGACUCGCCGCGGCACCAGAACAAAACCUCCUCCUCUUGAGCUUUUCCUCAACAUGAGGGAACACUGUGAUUAAUUGCACUUUUGCAGCAAGUCACAAAGUUCAGCGCUGCCUCAAUUUACCAGCAGUGUUGGGGAAUGACUAAUAAUAUUUCAUACACAAUGUACGUAAUUGUGAUGCUUUACAUUACUGGGAGAAAAUGUGUCACUAACUGACAGUUGCUUUUGGAAAGUUCCAUUAAAAACAACUGAAAAGAAUUUUUUUUUUUUUUUUUUAAUUUUAUUUUGCCCACAUGGCUCCCUCCACCCAAAGUUGACGACGGCGCAUUGCCGCGCGCAGGUCGAAAGUUGCUGAAUGCCACGGAGCCCAUCGCUCACAAAUGGCCCCUUUUUAGUCCCGCGCUGCGAUGACGCGGCCAACGUCCCGCACGGCACCUCCGCCGUCCCCUUCUCGAUCCAUUUUGCAGCCCUAGUACACGUCCUCGAGGUCCAUUUGUUUGAGCAGACGCGCUUCCAGGGGCGCACGAAGCCAUUUUUUACUGUCCGUGGGUUUUUUUUCUUUUCUGCUCAAAGUGGUAUCGAGAAGGCAACCGGACGGCAUGUUUGCAAUGCGGCGCCGGGGGCAACGGUGACCGCUAAAAACUGGCCAAUGGCGAGAGAUGAGCUCCGCGGCUCUCUGCAACUUUUUUUUGCGGCAAGCUCGGCGCAAGCUACGCAGACGUGUAGGCGUGACGCCUAACCCAACACGCACUUGGAGUUGCUGUUUUUGAACUGUCAGUCAUUCAUUCUACUUACCACACGAGUUUGCCUUUCAUCCUCGUUCUUCCCCGGGCUGUCACGAAGGCGCCCAGCUUCACUCUUCAUUAUUCUUGGAGACUUGAACAAAACUCAAGUUAACCACAAACUCUAAAUUCAAGCAGCCCAUCGACUGUCCCACCAGGGAAAACGAACAUUUUAGCGCUACGCUACGCUAAAUAAUGCAUAGUGUGCAGCUCCGGGCGCUCGUCUGAUCGCUCCUGAAUUCGCUGAACAACAUACAGGCAAAACCCUUUGGCCUUAUCUUUCAUGCAGAAUUGUGUAAAUUCAGUCAGUUGUUCUUUUUUAAACCAUGAACAGACAUUUCCUCCGUCCAUUUUCCAAGCUGCUGAUCCUCGCAAGGGUCACGGGAGAGCGGGAGCCUAUCCCAGUUAGCUUCGGGCUAAAAGCGUCCUACGCCCUGAACUGAUCGCCAGUCAGUCGCAGGGCACACAUCGAUACCAUGACUGAGCGGGAAUCGAUCCCACGCUCCUGGCACCCAAGGCAGGCGUAUGUAGCGCUACCCCAUCAGUGACUCAUCUCAGCAUUCACCUCCGGACUUUGACAAGGGCACUCCAGAACCUGAUUUGUUUUUUUUUUUUUUUUUAAAUGCCACUGAGCAGUUGACCCGCUGGUUUGUCUUGGAUCGUGGUUUGGCUCCAGAUCCCAAGUGCGCUUCAACAUGAGUUCACCAACAGACGGCGGGAGAUUUUCUGGUAAAGAGAAGAAUUCAUGGCUGCGGCCAUCGCAACAAGUUGUCCAGGUCCUGAAGAAGAAAAGCAGCCCGAGACCGUCACACUUCACCACCACGUUUGGACGUGUUGUGUUUUGUGAUUCUUGGGGCAAUCUUUGACAAGUGGUCACUCCUCAGAAGGAUCAUUCCUGUUCCAGAAUUUCUUCAUUUGAGCUUAAUGGGCUUCUCUCUGCUAAAGCUUGGACAAAUGGAUUUUGUCACAAUUUCUAGGCCGAUACAGGUCAACAAUUCUUGGUUGGGACGGCGUCAGCUCUUUGGUUUCCGUCACAGAGUCUGUGGAAGUGGUUUCUUUGUUGAAUAAAUCUGGAGGUCAUCAGGACUGGGUGUGAUCGGUGAAAAUGUAUCAAAAGUAAUUCUGUAUUUCGCAAGGGGGUUCAAUAUUUUCACACAGGGUUAGGAAACUAUUUUUUUUCCCCUCUUAAUAAAUAAAGUCACUAUUUAAGAACAAAAUUUGAAGUCUACUUGUGUUCUUGAGUUGAGUCUGAUGUUUACAUUUGUUUGAUGAUUUUAAUCACAGUGGUGAAACUGCAAAAAUGUAAGAAUUUGACAAGGGGGCCAAUAGUUUUUCAUAGCACUAAUUUGAAAGAAAGAAAAGAAAAAAAGAAUGAGCUCGCACGACUGACUACUCCCUGCCAAUCAAUGUUAGACAGAUCAGCUCUAAAAAAAAAAAAGAAAGAAAAAAAAAAGAUCUCUCUUUCUCUCUCUACAUUCGUGCCACAGAACGCUGUAAAAGCUCACGUGCAAUAUCAUCUUUCACCUUCACGGCUUGCCGGACUCGGUCCACUUUCUUGACUGCGCAAGAGGAAAUUUGAAUGCGUUCGCAAGGUUGCCGGCCUGUGAACGGGAGCGGGCACGCGGCCGGAAAAACCUGCGCGAGCAUCCGGCCCAAAGUGAUUGGCGUCCCCGGAUCUCCUCUCCUGUCAUUCACUAGACACUCGCGGGAAGAAAGUGGCU